AUGAUCCAGAUGCAAGAAGCAAAAACGCAGCAAGAAUCAGAAGAAGACGAUCAAUCUCCCAAAUUCGUUUUCCCCUUUCCUGAAAUCUACACGUAUCCAACCAUGUUUCCGUACCACGCUUCGAUAGGGGGUAUGGACAUGAACCCCAGCAAAUCUUCUGAUUCCGAGACUACCAAUGCUUCGACUGAGGACCAGAAGAAAGGAUCAACACUAUCAAGUUUCUUGAAAAGCAAGAACAAAAUGAACAAAGGCUGCGAGUCCGCUUCCACGGUAUCAACCACAAUUGCGGAACUAGCUCGAGCAGACGGAUAUUGGCUCGGGCUUGAAAUCUACUUGAAGCAAACAACAGCAACGACUUUAGACGAUGACGACGUGUCAACGAUUACUCUUGAAUGUUAUUAUGCUGGCAAUCGCUAG